AUGGCGGUCGUUCCGCUGCUUUCUACGUGCGCGCGUCUCGUCCCUUCAUCCUCACACCCAGCGCCUGCCCUCUGCCUCUCAACCGCUCCCAACCACUCUCUCCGUCACCGUCUUACCGUCAGCCUCUGCCCCUCGCCCACUCUCUCCACUAGCAAGCGGUUCCCGACUGUUCUCAAAAGCGCUGAUUUGAUUCUCUGUAGGUCUCUUUCGCGGUCUAACUCCUUCGCUCGUGCGCCAAAAGCGCUAUUCUUAGUUCCCCAUCGCUCUCGUCUAGUGGCCGUUCGAUCUAGGACGUUCGACGAGCCGCGGGAGAGAUCGGGAGAGGAGCGGGGGGAAGAACGAUGGGGGAAGGAGAGAGGGGAAGAGAGUUGGGGGGAGGAUGGGGCGGAUGAUGGAUGGGGGAAGGAGAGGGCGAAAGGGGGAUGGCGGGAGCGGAAGGAGAGGGAAAGAUCAGCGGAAAGCUGGGGGGAGCGAUUGGCGGAGUGGGCUGGGGGGGAAAGCGAUGGCGGAGGGUCAGGGGAGAGAUCGGCGGAGAGAUGGGGGGAGCGGAGGGGUGGGGGAGGCGGGAGGGGCGCGCGGGGAGGACGAGGGGGGCGGACAGAGAGAGGUGGGCGCGGGGGCAGGGGACAGGGUUCAGGGUUUAGCCGUUAUGGGGCGAAUCGGUUUGAUGAGGGGCGCGGAGGGGUUGGGGGGAGAUGGCGGGGGGAAAGGGAAGGGGAAAGGUCGGAGUGGCAAGGGGAAGGAAGGGGGGACGGCGGAAGAGGGGAGAGCGGAUGGGGGGAGGGCGGAGAGGGUUCUGGGUUUGGAUCAAGGUUUGGUGGUAGGAGUUCGCGAGAGAAGGUUAACAGGCGAAAGCACACGGAGCUCGCGAUAGAUCCCGCGCUGGUUACCAGCAUUGGCGAAGAGGCGGAGGGGGGGGAGGAAGGGGGAACAGGUGGGCGGAGUGAGGGGGUGAAGGGGGAAUUUGGGGAGGCGCGAGAAGGGGGAGGGGGAAUGGGGCAGGGGGGAGGCGUAAGUGACUAUAGAGGGCGUGAUGGUAGGGAGAUCGGGGGAAGGGGGAGAGGGGGAAGCGGAAGGGCUCUGGCGGGUGGGAGAGGGGGAAGGGACACGCGGCAAGGGGGGUGGGGGGGUGAUGCGGAGGAGUGGGUGGAGGACGGGGGGGAUUGGCGGGUGGCGGAGCGGGAGGAUGACGACUGGGGGGAUGACAGGGGCGCGCGGGGGGACGUGGGGAGGGCAAGGGGGGGCGGGGGAAGCUCGAGGGGGGGCAGGAGUGGCGGAUGGGGAAGAGGAGGGCGCAAUGGCGGAGAACAGAUGGGGGUUUACGAGCAGUGGAGCAGGGGGAUGAGCAAGCGGAGGGCGAAGGUUGUGGGGGGGCGAGGGGAGGGAGAGGGGGGUAUGGGGGAAGAUGCGGAGGAGAGGAAGGCGGGGAGGGAGGGGGAGGAGGGAAGGGCGGGGAAGGAGGGGAAAGAGGGGAAGGAGGGGAAAGAGGGGAAGGAGGGGAAGGAGGGGACAGAGGGGAAGGAGGGGAAGGAGGGGAAGGAGGGGAAGGAGGGGAUUGGAGGAGAGGGGGAGCAGUCGGAUGAGGAGGGGGGAAGGCGGUGGUGGCAACGGGGGGAGAAGUAUGUCCGGGGGGAGAAGAAUUUGAGGGAGGGGGGGGAUGUGCGGAGUGAGAGGAUUGUGAAAGGGGAGAGGGACUUGCGUGGGGAGAGGGGUGAGGAUAGGGGGAGCAAUGAGGAGGAGAGGAUGUAUAAGAGGGGGGAUUAUAAGGGGGGUGAUUCUGUGAGGAGGGAUUAUAAGGAGGGGGAAUAUGGGAGGAGGGAUUACAGUGAGAGAGUGCAAGGCGAGAGGGGUUAUGAUAGGAGGAGCGGGUAUGGUGGCAGAGGGAGGUAUGAGGGGGAGGGGCGCAUGGAAAGGGACAGAGGCGUGGGCGGUAGCAGAGGAGGCACGGAGAGGGGCUAUGAUGAGAGGAGCGGGUAUGGCGGCAGAGAGAGGUACGAGGGGGAGGGGCAGAUGGAACGAGACAGAGGCGUGGGCGGUAGCAGAGGAGGGAUCGGUAACAGCAGAGUAGACAGGGAAGGGGGCCAUGAUGAGAGGAGCGGGUAUGGCGGCAAAGGGAGGUACGAGGGGGAGGGGCGCAUGGACAGGAGCAGAGGCAUGGACCGGGAGGGCAUGGGCGGGGGAAGGGGGGACAUGGACGGGGGACGAGGAGAUGGGGAGGAGAGGGGCGGUUAUGACAGCAGGAGCAUUUACACGAGGGGGGGAGGCGAGCCAAGGGGCAUGGGUGCUGGGAGCAGGGGGGGUAUGGGUGGGGGAAGAGGAAUAGGCGGAGACAGAUUGGGCAGGGAAAGGGGAGCAGAGGGAGGGAGAGGGGCAAGAUGGGAGAAGGAAGGAGGCGAGAGUGCUAGAGGCACUCGGCGAGAAUAUGCUGAAUGGGAGGAGCAGGAAGGAGAGGAAGGAGAUGAGGGGAGGCGAGGAGGCGGAGGGAGAGGCAGCAGUGGUGGGAGAGGCACGUUGCGGCCGUCGUCAGCAUCAGAAUCAGAAUCAGCAGUGUCAAGUUUACCUGCUGCGGUUCUUGAAGAGCCCACUUUGAACUGCGAGCAUUUCACAAACUGCUCCGGCUGCUCCCUGAAUGCUGCUUUGGACCGCCCUCCCAUCAUCAAGGAAGCAGAGGCGUUCUUUGAAGCCCGAGGGGUGGCGGGCUUUAUGCUGCACACUGCUGAUGUGGUGGAGUGGCGGUGCCGAGCCAAGCUAGCAGUCAGGGGCACUGCAGAGGAGCCGCUGGUGGGGCUGUAUGCAGCACGGUCGCACGAUGUGGUGGAUAUACCCAUGUGUAGAGCCCACCAUCCGCGCCUCAAUGCUGCUGCAGCUCUCGUACGCUCAGUGAUCAAGGACCUAGGCAUAGAGCCUUAUGACGAGGAGACAGGCCAGGGGAUGCUCAGAUACAUCCAGCUUGCUCUCACCACCAACGACACCUCCAUCCCUGCUGCUGAGAGAUACUUGCAAGGCAAGGUGCAGCUGACACUGGUGUGGAAUGCGAGCAAUGAAAAGUCACCCGCUGCUGAGAAGAUUCCAGCCUUCUGCCGGGAGCUGUGGCGACAGGGAGGGAGAGAGGCAAAUCUGCUGCACUCUGUGUGGGUCAACUUCCAAACCUCGUCCAGCAAUGUGAUAUUUGGUGGCAGGUGGCGGCACAUGAUUGGCCCGACGGACAUGUGGGAGCGGCUGGGGGGUGUGGACGUGUGCUUCACUCCCGGGAGCUUUGGUCAGGCCAACUACAAGGCGUUUGACUUGAUGCUGAAGCAUCUGCACUCGCUCAUUCCCCGACGCUCUUCUGUGGUGGAGCUUUACGCUGGAUCAGGGGCGAUAGGUCUCUCCCUUGCUGCUACCACACAGUGCAGUGUACGGUGCUACGAGAUCAACGAGGCUGCACGGACGCCCUUCACCCGUUCACUGGAGCGCCUGCAGCCGCUGCUGCGCCGCCCUGCUGCCGUGUCGUGGCACCAGGCGGACGCAGAGGCACCCGUUGAGUCCCAUCUGGACAUUCUACUGGAUGCAGACGUGGUGCUCGUGGACCCUCCUCGCAGGGGCCUGCACGAACCAGUGCUGGCUACUCUGCUGCACGCUGCCAGGCAUUCCGGCAGGCUGUCGCAGCAGCAGACAGACAGCCAGUCGAGCAGCAACGUUCCUAGUGAGAAGACAAAGGCUGGCAGCAGCGGCAGCAGCAGUGGUGGGACGAGAACACGUGACGGCUUGACUCUGGUUUACAUCAGCUGUGGAUGGGACGCGUUUCAGAGGGUGAGAGGGCACGGGCGUAGGGUGGGGAAGGGCGGGGGUGAGGGAGUAGAGGACUGCAACAAGCUCACUCAAUUCGGCCUCUUCCAUGCCUCCCACGCCGCCAUCUCUCCGUACCACUCCUGCACCCCAUCUUUUCCCCAUCCAUCGGCGCCCACCAUCCACACCUGUCAGGAUUGCGACAAGGACUGUGACAAGCUCACCCAAGACGGCCUCUUCCAUCUCUCCCAUGCAUCUGCCUUCAACUUCUUUCCCGGCACCAACAGGGGUCGGCUGAACAUCGAGCUGCGCCAGCCGACUGAACACCGAGCUGCACCAGUUCCCGAUGCUGAAGGCCUAUGUCUAAACUUCACCCAUCACUUCCCCACCACCCUUCCUCCUCUCCAUACUUCCUCGCACACCCCCUCCGCCCCAUUUCCCCCACCACCCUCCCCCUUCCCCCCGUCCAUCAGGGGUGCUGGUGAAGCGCUUCUCGCCUGUGCUCGUGGCAUCACUGAUCGUCAAUCCCCACCCACCACCAUCAUCACGUCCUCUCCCACCAAGCCCAACUCCCUCUCUCCCCCCUUUCAGAUGCCUCUGAAGCGCUUCUCAGCGGUGCUCGUGGCGGCGUAUGCGGCCCUCUUCAUGCCUCUGAAGCGCUUCUCAGCGGUGCUCGUGGCGGCCUAUGCUGCGCUCUUUGUUACCUUCGCCAUCCCCUUCCUCGCCUUCGCUCGAGUGGACGGUCUGGAUUGCUUGCCGGGUGUGAAGCGCCUGGAUCAUGCAGUGUGGUUCAC